CCAGAGCCACAGCCGAUACAGCAGGUCCAUCAGGAUCAAUUCGAUGUCAUGCUGGUCGAUGAUCGGUUUGGCUCUGAUCAACUGCAGCAAUUUUCCGAGCAUUUUCAAGCUGCUCCAGAAGCCGGCCAGGGUUCGGGUGAAACUCCCACCGUUCAGUUAUCUGGCCAGGUUAACCGGAUUUCCCUGGCGGAUCCGGUUCAUGAUGUUGUGGAAAGAGGUGGCUGUUCGGCAAGUCAGAUCUGGUCUACCUCCGCCUUCUUCAACAAUUUCACCAUCCCUAAAUUAUCGAUCGAGCAGUCCGAGGAAUGCCUUGCCUUGGCAGCUCUGAAGGUUGGGCUUUAUAGCCUGCAGCUGAAGGAAGCUCGGUUGGCCAAGGAGCGGGAGCUGAUCGUUGCUCAGAGUUCCGCGGAGCAGAAUGCAGCAGCUGCUUUUGCUGCCCUGGAGGCUGAGCGGAAGGCCUAUGCUGAGGAGAAGAAACGUCUUGAAUCGGAGCUUGGCGAGCUUCGAGUUCAGCUCGGGGUCUCUCAGUCCAAGGUCCAUGCUGCCGAAGCUGCCUCGGUUAAAUUUGAAGAGCACGCCCCUCGUAUCCCGGACGGCCCUGCUGAAAUACAGGUUGACCUGUCCGCCGUUCGGGAGUCAUUCAAAGGGUCUGAGGAGUUUGCCAUCUUGAAAAAAGAUUACGCACAGCAGCAACUCCCAGUUACCUUUGGUGAUUAUCUGGACCAUUUCUCCACGGGUGACGCCCGUCGGAGCGAGGGGGUCAAAUUGCUCGACCAGGACCCCAGGGGGAAAAAGUUUAAUGAUUCCCUGGCCCGAUCCCUAUACGUCAUGGGCUGUCAGCACAUCAUGGCUCCCUUUAUCGCCAAAUUUCAAGAAAUGCUAGGGAGGCCGGUCGAGCUUGCUGAUCUUCCCCAGGCACCCAUAGUUGAAGCUCAAUAUGAGAAGUAUCAAAGGGACUUACAACGGGCUGCUGAUCGGGAAGCGGGA